AGCAGAGCAGCAGAGUGUGAUGAACUGCUGAGAAUAGAAGAGGACGCACAAUGGCAAACAGACGAAAUAAUAAAUUUAUCAGAAGAUCAAACUAUUGAUAUAGCAAUGAUAGAACAACUAAGAGAAGCAGUAGAUUUAUUACAAGAUUCCACCAGAUUAAGCAUGGAUAUUUCAGAAAGCAGUGGUGUGAAUCUGUAUUCCAUGGAACCAGCAACAGCUUUAGAAUUUCAGGAGUCUACAGUAAAUGAUCAAAUGCAGAUGGAGAUGUCUUCCCUUGGUCAGAGAGAAAAUGCUGAAGAGGAACUAGAAUUUCAGAGGAGGAGGGAGUCGAUUAUGGAGAAACCAAAGCCUGCAGUGAGAACGUGUGAACAGGGUGAAAAAUGGUCAUUGAGUCAGAACGAGCUAAUUGUUUGGAAUUCAAGUGGACAAACCUCUCACAAUGAGAACAAGGAUAAAAGUCCAGCAAUGUCUCCUACUACAAACGCCACAAUCCCUUUUGGCCUGAAGCCACGAUCAGCAGACCCAUCCCUCAGUCUUCCUCCUGUCUCCUUCAACACACUUACACAGGCACAAACAUGGGACAACUUUAGCUACAGUAUCCCAUCUGAAGGAAACAGUGACAAUGUUUUCUUAAGACCACAAAGAAAUUUGGAAUCAAUAGACCCACAAUUUACAAUUCGAAGGAAAAUGGAGCAGAUGAGAGAAGAGAGAGAGCUUGUGGAACAGCUACGUGAGAACAUUGAAACAAGGCUAAAGAUUUGUUUACCUGAAGACUUGGGGUCUGCUUUAAUGGACGGUGUAGUUCUCUGCCACUUAGUAAAUCACGUUCGUCCUCGGUCUGUAGGAAGUAUUCAUGUACCUUCACCAGCAGUACCUAAACUUAGCAUGGCCAAAUGCAGGAGAAAUGUGGAAAACUUUCUAGAUGCAUGUAGAAAACUGGGGAUACCAGAGGAGAAGCUCUGCCUACCACAUCACAUCCUAGAAGAAAAGGGCUUGGUAAAAGUGAGCAUAACAGUUCAAGCAUUGCUAGACGUAACCACAGUGAAACAAGCUUUAUUCACAUGA